AGCGACGCCAGUCCCCAAAAGCGUCACACCUACAGCGACCAAUGUUGGCCGAUGGAGGAGACAGGAGGAGAUGAGUACGAGAAUGGUGAGACUUGUUCAAGGGCAAAGCAAACCGAACCUAACGAACACGUCACACAGGCUCCAUCCUCCUUCGCUUCAUCACCAACUGGGCCGAAGUAGCCGACGUCACAGCCAGACCCAUCUCCAGGCUCUACUGGUCUCUAGCUCACUUCAUCAACACACAUACACUCCUUGAACAUCUCAACGGCAUCCUCCUCGUUCUCCUCACGCACGCAUUCUUCAGGACACUGUGUUUUCUCUACCUCCUGAC